UUUAUAUUACUACAUCUGCGUGUUUUCUAUUAAAGUUUGUGAAUUGUGAUCUGUAUUUUGUAUUCGAUACAUAAUAUCGCGGAGUCACUAUUAAUUUAUUAACUUCAAAUUCUAAUGAUGUUCCAACGAAUAUUAAAUUGUUUACCUUGUCUACGAUGUGUCACAUUCAAUCGGGCGUUCAAUACUUUUUACAAGUUAAACAAAAAUCAAUCGGACAAAUUUAAAUGUUUCAAUAAGAGAUAUUUCAAUGAACAAUCAAUAUUUAAUUUAAAUACUAAUGUCCCAAAAGAUGUACUGUUAUACGAAUCAUCUAGCGACAAAACAUAUAAAAUGAUCAGUGUGUUUUCUAUAGUUCAGUUUGGUUUUUGGMUUACAGUAGCAGAUUCUUACAAUGUCUUAUUGAAUAAAGAGCCUGACAAUAAUGCAAAUCAUCAGCCAAUAUCAUGGAUAGAUAAAAUCAAAUCUCAAGGAAAAAUAGCAACACUUGGCAUUCCCAUCGCCUGUUUAUGUAUGGGUACAACUUUAAUAGCUAUAUGCUCUGUCUACACAAUGAAAUCUGUAAAAAUGUUGGUUUUAUGUAAAGGAGGCGAUCGUUUGAGUAUAACAUCUUUUGGUUUUUUCAAUCGAAAUAUAACAACAACCGUACCUCUUGAAACAGUUAGCUGUGCCGUUGGGAGAAAUUCGAGUGGUCAAAGUAUACCACUGAAAGUCAAAGGAAAAUGGUUUCACUAUACAUUAGAUAAAAAUGGCAAAAUUUAUAAUCCCAAAUUAUUUGAUUAUACUGCGGGAUUGAGUAGGAAUCUAUAAAUAUUUUGUUAUUAAUUUAUUACAUACCUAGUACUGUACAUUUUGUAAUGAUUAUAAGUACUCACUUUGUUUUAC